GUCACCACCUCCCCGGCAACAGAAUCGUGAGAGCAUCACUACAGCUCAGCCAGGUCACGUGACGUCACUGGCGCGCCCGGCAGCUCCCGGCCUGAGCGAACGUCGUCGUCAUCUGGCGGCGCCCAGCGAAGGACUCCCUGAAAGAGAGGCCGCGGGAAGAGGAGAUUGUUCAGUGGUGCACACCAAGUGAGAAAUUAUGAGUAUGUUUAACCUUGACCGCUUCCGCUUUGAUAAGAGCGGAAAAGACUGCCAAGCCUCCAAUGAAAAGGAAGGAACAAGCCGUCCUGGAACUCCAAGAUCUGAAUUGGAUGGCGGAGAAUCGACCAGCAUCCCAGAGACUCCUGAAGGCAAAAGAUUAAACAACAUGUCCUGUUUUAAAAGUAAAGGCAUUAGUUUCAUUGAUUCGGAGCCUGAAAGUGAAGACCAUGAAAGUAAACAAAGUCUCGAUUCCAUACACAGAAAAGCUCAUCCAAGGGAAGAGAAUGGUCUUUCUGAAUCUCCCACUGAUGAUUCUGAGGAUGAAUACCCUCCAGCAAGAAAGACUACUGCAACAAAAGUACCUCAUCCGCAGAAUGAAACCAAAGAUGAAAAACUUCUGAAACUUAAAGAAAUUUUCCCUCAAAGGACCAAUGAAGAGCUAUUACAACUGAUUGAAUCCACAAGUACUUUGGAGGCUGCUGUAGCUGCUGGUGUAGUUCGCUUUGAUGAUAAAGCUACGUCUCGAAAGAGAAAGUUGGAUGACGACCUUACAGGAAGACCUGAUAAACAGAAAGACAGCAGUGACCAAGUUUCAAAGAAAAAAAAAUCUGAUUCGUUUGCUUUAGAUAAUGACACUUCAGCUUCUGAAGAUGAAUGGGAAAAACAAGAACAUAGUGUGAAAAAGCUGCAGAAACAGUUUCCUGAUUUAGAUAAGGAGGAGCUUAGAGAGGUACUUCAAGAGCAUGACUGGUCUUUUCAUGAAGCACUUGAGGCGUUAAAGUUGUUUGCAGAAGAUGAGCAAGAUGUUUUGCAGAAUGCUUCCAAAAGCGAUGUGUCAAACGGCAAAGGAGCUUCCGUAAGUCACAAACAAAAUUCUAAAAACCGCACCAAAGUGAAGCCAAACCAGAAAUCCAGUGCUGCAUUGAUGCAAAAUGGCUUAAAGAAAAAAUCUAAAGGCAAAAAAAUUGCUAGCUUCUUCAAAAGGGAAACAGACAGCGAGGAGUCAGCUUCGGAUGCAGGCAGUGUUCUUGAUGAAGACUACAGCAGUGGUGAUGAGAUAAUGGAGGAAGAAUACAAAGCCAAAAUAGUUAGCUUCCUGCAAGAUGCUUCUCUGGAUGAGCUCUCUCUGAUACCUCAGUGCUCUCUAAAGAAGGCUCAGAGGAUCACUGAGCUCCGGCCCUUCCAUUCUUGGGAUUCUCUGUUUACUAAAGUAAGCAACAUGAAUAGUCUAUCAAUAGAUCUGAUUUGGGACUGUAAAAUAUUGAUCAAAGAAAGAGAUGUAGUCUUGAGACUUAUGAACAAAUGUGAACAGAUUUCAAAGAACUUGACAAAGGAGGUGACCCAUAUCACUGAUGAUGGAGAGAGUGGGUGGAAUGUGGAUCAGCCUUCUAUCCUGGCCCAGAGCCUGGUGCUCAAACCUUACCAGAAGAUUGGCUUAAAUUGGUUAGCUCUGUUGCACAAACAUAAUGUCAGUGGGAUUUUGGCAGAUGAGAUGGGUUUAGGUAAAACUGUUCAAGCUAUAGCAUUCCUUGCACAUCUUUACUUGAAUGGAGAUAGAGGCCCACAUCUCGUGGUUGUUCCAGCCUCAACAUUGGAUAACUGGAUUCGAGAGUUCAAUCAGUGGUGUCCAGAUAUGAACAUCUUGUUAUACUAUGGUUCUCAAGAAGAAAGAAAAUACUUACGCUAUGACAUCCUUAAUAAAGUUGUAGAAUUUUAUGUAAUUGUCACAACAUACAAUUGUGCAAUCAGCAAUGCAGAGGAUCGCAGUUUGUUCAGACGUGUGAAGCUAAAUUAUGCUGUAUUUGAUGAAGGCCACAUGCUCAAGAAUAUGAGUGCCAUUCGAUAUCAGCACCUUAUGACUUUAAAUGCCAAGAACCGCCUGCUACUGACUGGAACGCCAGUCCAGAAUAACUUGCUGGAACUGAUGUCUCUGUUGAACUUUGUCAUGCCGCACAUGUUCAGCAGCAGCACCAGCGAGAUCAAGAGAAUGUUCUCUUCCAAAUCGAAAUCUACUGAUGAGCAAAGUACUUUUGAAAAGGAAAGAAUAAAUCAUGCCAAAUUAAUCAUGAAGCCUUUCAUUCUCAGAAGAGUAAAAAGUGAGGUUCUAAAGCAGCUGCCUCCUAAAAAAGACCACAUAAAGUUUUGCCCUAUGUCCAAGAAUCAGCAACUGCUCUAUGAUAAUCUAAUGAACAGACUGAAGAGAUCAGUUGAGGGAAAAGAGAAAAAUUCUGAACUAUGCAAUGUAAUGAUGCACUUAAGAAAAAUGGCCAAUCACCCUUUAUUACACAGACAUUACUAUAAUGCAGACAAACUGAGGAGCAUGUCCAAGCUGAUGCUCAAGGAGCCAACUCAUUGUGAAGCCAAUCCUGAUCUUAUCUUUGAGGACAUGGAAGUUAUGACGGAUUUUGAACUGCACAGGCUCUGCUCAGAAUUUUCAAGCCUCUCUCAGUUUAAACUUGAAAAGGAGCUGAUGUUAGACUCUGGGAAAUUUGAAAUGUUGGAACAGAUGUUGUCUGAUAUUAAAAAAAAGGGUGAGAGAGUUGUAUUAUUCAGCCAAUUCACCAUGAUGUUGGAUAUUUUAGAGGUUUUCCUGAAGCACCACCAGCAUAGAUAUGUCCGACUGGACGGGAAGACUCAAAUAUCAGAUAGGAUACAUCUUAUAGAUGAAUUCAAUUCCAACAUGGAUAUAUUCAUAUUUCUUCUAUCUACUAAAGCGGGUGGACUUGGUAUUAAUCUUACUUCAGCAAAUAAUGUAAUCAUUCAUGACAUUGAUUGCAAUCCUUACAAUGACAAACAGGCAGAAGAUCGGUGCCACAGGGUGGGGCAGACCAAGGAAGUUAACGUUAUUAGGUUGAUUGGCAAAGAUACAAUUGAGGAGUCCAUGCUAAAAAUCAGUCAACAAAAAUUGAGGCUAGAACAAGAUAUGACAACCACUGAUACAGGUAGGUCUAUUCAAUAGUAAUAAUCAUUUACC